ACACCUGCCUGCCUGCUCCCAGCAGCUUAAAGCACGAGAAGCUGCCUGGCUGAGAGUCUCCUGUACCCAUCCGCUGCCACGUUUCGCACCUGGCUCGGACACAGAAAAGACCACGAUGGGGCUGUUCUACAGUAAGAGCCAGACAGAACCAUCUCCAUGCAACCUGCUCACUGUAAAAAUCAUACGGAUGAAAAAUGCCAGGAAAGCAGACUUGCUAACCCAGUCGGACUGCUACGUGAGCCUAAGCCUGCCAACAGCAUCUGUGCAGCAUUUCCGCACCAAAACGGUCCAGGACAGCAAGAACCCGACAUGGAACGAAACCUUCCACUUCACGAUUCAGAGCCAGGUUAAGAACAUUCUGGAGCUGAAAGUUUGUGAUGAGGACAACGUAACUGAAGAUGACCAUCUCCUCACUGUAUUCUUUGAUGUCUCCAAAAUCCAGCUUGGAGAAAACAUUCAGCUGUGUUUCCAGCUGAAUCCACAGGGAAAAGAGGAGCUGGAGGUUGAAUUCACAAUGGAGAGCAGUCCGGAUCCUCCUGAAAACAUUGUUACUAAUGGAGUUUUAGUGUCCCGUGAAGUUUCCUGUUUGGAGGUGCAGGUGGACGGCGGGAGGCUGAGGAAGGACAGUACAGAGAGAAAGUUUGCAUUAACUGUGGAGGGGUCGUAUGAAGGAACCCAGACCCACACGCUGAGCUCCUGCCUGUGCCCGACCUCCCCGACCAGGUUCCACUACAUCAAGUAUAAUCAGUCGGCACUCACUGUGGCUCUACCGCGGCGGAGGCGGCUCAGCAGGUCUAUAUCAAGUCAAAAUGAAAGGGAUAUGAACGAGUCUGUGACUCUAGCUCUGAACUUGCUGCCUAUACAAGAGAAAAUAACAAUAGCAGAGGACAGGACAAUUGACUUGUACACAAAGGCAAAUGAAUGGACUCAGGGUCUGUGUUUCAGGCCAAGAAACCUGGAUGCCCGCCUAGGGUUUGACCUGUGCACUGAUGAACAGGAUUUCCUGCAAAAUCGGAGGAAGGUAGUUGCUGCUGCACUGAAGGAGGUUCUUCAUCUGGAGGAAGAUCUGCAAGAGCAUGAGGUGCCUAUAGUGGCUGUGACCACAGCAGGAUGUGGGAUAAGAGCGCUCACUGCCAUGUAUGGCAGCAUUUUGGGUCUUCAAAAGUUGCGUGUUCUGGAUUGCAUUUCAUACAUCAGUGGCUCGUCAGGCACAACAUGGACAAUGACAAAACUGUAUGAAGAUGCUGAUUGGUCACAUAAGGAUCUUGGAGAAAUAAUUAUUGAAGCUCGGAAGCAAGCAGCCAAGUGCAAGAUGGGGGCUUUUUGCUUGAGAAGUCUGAGGAAUUAUUACAGAGAGCUGAGCCAAAGGACCCAAGCAGGACAUAAAACAUCUUUUAUUGAUCUGUGGGGGCUCAUGAUUGAAUCCAUGUUAAAUGAUGGGAAAUGCCACCACAGACUUUCUGAUCAACGUCGGGCAGUGAAUCAGGGUCAGAACCCACUGCCCAUCUACCUUGCCCUCAAUGUCAAGGACAAAGUUGCCACCAAAGAUUUUAGAGAGUGGGUGGAGUUCACGCCGUAUGAGGUGGGCUUCCUGAAGUACGGUGCCUUCAUUCGUGCGGAGGAUUUUGGCAGCGAGUUCUUCAUGGGUCGCCUGAUGAAGAAGCUCCCUGAGUCCCGGAUCUGCUUCAUGCAAGGAAUGUGGAGUAGUAUCUUCUCCAAAAACCUCUUGGAUGCCUGGCACGCAGCUGACAAUUCAGAGGACUUCUGGCGCAGGUGGACCCAAGACAGAGUGACUGAAAUAGAGGAACAACCAGACUUGCCCGAGAAGCCAUACGAGAUGGCUACAUGCAUGUUCACCCCUACGAGCGGCCUCUCCACGGCUCUCCGGGAUAUCCUGACGGACCGCCCUGCUGUCUCCAAGUACCACAACUUCCUGAGGGGCUUCCAGAUGCACAACGAGUACAUCCAGCAGGAGCAUUUCACAAAAUGGAAAGACACUUCGCUAGACACCUCUCCUAAUGACCUGAGAGGCAACUCAGAGCACCUGGAGUUGGUGGAUGCAGCUUUCUUCUUUGAAACCAGCUGCCCACCCCUUAUGAGACCAGAGCGGAAAGUGGAUGUCAUCAUACACUUAAAUUACACCGGUGGAUCACAGACCUUGCCCCUGGAGCAGGCUUGCAGAUACUUCUCAGAGCAGGGAAUUCCGUUUCCCAGCAUUGGGCUGAAGGAUGAUGAGAAGAACCUGAAAGAGUGCUAUAUGUUUGAUGGUGCAGACACCCCAGGAGCUCCUCUGCUGCUUUAUUUUCCAUUAGUGAAUAACACCUUCCAAAGAUAUGUAGCACCUGGCAUGUCACGUAGUGCUGCUGAAAUGGAACUGGGCAAGGUUGAUAUCUCCAGUUUCUGCUCUCCAUACUCAACGAGGGAGGUCUCGCUGAAAGCAGAAGAUUUCAACAAGCUCCUGAAGCUUACUAAUUACAACAUCAUGAACAACGAGAACAUGAUUCUUCAGGCCUUGCGCAUGGCUGUGGCACGGAAGAAACAAGCUCCGAGCCAGCCAAUAUCACAAGCACAGUCCUCUGCUUGAACAGCAUUUUCCUUUCCCUUACUAAGUAUUUACCAUGACAGCGCAUAUGCGAUAGCUACUUCACUGUUCUUGGCAGGUGCCAUCUCUAACUAAGUAACCUUCUCAAAAAAAUAAAACUCAAAGUAUUUGUUUCAAAGCCACAUGGUUUGGUUUACUAAGCAGUAGUUGCUUUUUGAUCUGGAGUUGUGAUAUCAAACACAGCAGUCUAUGUUGUUAACACUAUCUCACUGUGAUGAUCAAGAGGCAAAGGUUCAGCUGUGUGUGAUAGGGAAAUAGUUUUAGCUCUCUAUCUCUGUAAUCUUUUAUUGUCUUGGUAGCUAGUCACUAGUUUUUUUUCACCUGCAAAAUAUUCUGGCAUUUCUUUGGGACCAUUAAUAGCAAAUCCAUAAAGUCCUCUUCAGACACAGAAGGUGGUGACCAUGCAGUAUCAAUUUAAAUCAUUUUAUUGGUUUUAGUAACUUAAAUUAAAUGGUGUUCUACCUCUUAAGAGUUUUGUUUCCCAGGUGCUUUUUUGUCAUGAACUGUUACAAAAUAUAUAUAGUCUAUGAAGGAUAUUUGAUUUUUCAAACUUGUGCUGGAUAACAGAUGUAUGGAUGGGUGGCCUUUUAGGUCUUCGAGGACAUCUAUUCUUAUCAAUUAGAUAAAACUUAUGAAUUUGUUUUGAAGGACCAUUGCCAUUUCCUCUCACAAUCAACGGUGUUCUCUCUCAGAUCACGUGUGUGUGCUGCAGUUGCCUCCCCCAAAUGCAAUUUUGCUGCAGCAUUAUCUGGAGCUUGUAGUGAAAUAUUACUGAAACAGAUAGCACAUGAGGGUGAUUGCAGGAUGUAUGGUAGUGUAGUUGCAUACAGACAAUCACACUGGAGAAAUGGAGUAAGACACCAAUAUUCCGUUCACUGCAUCACAGUUGUUAAACAACCAUAAAAUGUAAAAUACAGCUGCUAGGUAUGCUAGUACAAAUUAAGAUGAUAUGAUUGCCACAGUCUAACUAGUUAUUUGACAAGUACAUUGAAGUGCGGUGGCUGAGGGGGAAAAAGCUGAUUUAUACACACAUAGUACAAAAACAUAACAGCUCUCAAACCCCAGUGCAGUGGCCAAAAAUCAGAAGAAGAAAUGCCUAUCCUGGGAAUACACAAAAUGAUGCAUGCACACAUCUGAUAAAGGAC